AUGGCCACCAACCCGAAUACCGAGCCUAAACCGUGCAGCCCCGCCUCGUCCUCUGUUCACAAAUCCGACUUGGAGAAGGACAGCUUCAAUGAGGUCGAUCAUGCAAAGAUCCGAAGCGCAGUGAGGAAAUUGGAUUGGACUAUCCUUCCUAUGAUGACCAUGUUCUACCUACUGUCAUUCCUGGAUCGUGCUAAUAUCGGAAAUGCAAGAGUUGCGGGUCUUCAAAAAGGUCUCAAAAUGACUGACCGACAAUACCAAAUUUGCGUAACGGUUACAUACGUGCCCUACAUUAUGGCCGAAGUCCCAGCUAACCUUCUAUUGCGCAAAAUCGGACCCAACAUCGCGAUGCCAGUUAUUCUGACUCUUUGGGGCAUCAUCGUUAUUUUCCAAGGCUUCGUAUCGUCAUUCCACGAUCUCAUCGCUGCACGAUUCUUUUUGGGGCUUGUAGAAGGACCGAUGUUCCCUGGUAUUGUGCUUUACCUUUCUGGAUUCUACACCCGUGCCGAACUAUCGUAUCGCAUUGCAUUCUUCUUCUCCGCUGCAUCUCUUUCCAGUGCAUUCUCUGGGCUUCUUGCAGCCGCCAUCGACAACAUGCAAGGCCUUGGAGGAAAACCUGCGUGGGCAUGGAUUUUUAUCCUGGAAGGUAUCUUUAGCGUGCUGAUGGGUGUUCUUGGAUUCUUUAUGGUUCCAGCGACACCCAGAGAGUCGCGAUUCCUGUCUGACAAUCAAAAAGACCUUGUCAUGCGCCGCUUGGAGAAAGACAGACCGUUUGUCAACCCACUCGAUGAAUUCCGCAUCAGACAUGUUUUGAGCUCGUUGAAGUCUCCUCAUGUCAUUCUGAUGUUCAUCACUUUCUUUAUGGGUGGAACGAACCUCUUCGGUCUUGCACUCUUCGCGCCGUCCAUCAUCAACCAGCUGGGCUUCAGCCCGAACCAUUCGCAGCUUCUGAGUGUCGGUCCUUUCGCUAGUGCUUUUGUUGUGACACUCGUUGUCGCGUACACGUCUGAUCGCCUGAAGAGUCGAGCUAUUCCAUUAUGCUCGGUUUGCCUUAUCGGAAUUGCUGGUUACGCUAUGUAUCUAGGAACCACCAACAAGCAUGCUGCAUAUGGAGCCAUAUACCUCAUGGCUAGUGGGAUAUACGGAACUGUACCUGUCAUCGCUGCUUGGAUAUCCAACAACUCGGAACCGUACUAUACAAGAGCGACCAGUAUCGCUGUUGGUUUUAUGGCUACUAGUAUGGGAGGCAUUUUGAGUACUUGGAGAUACCCAACCAGCGAAGGCCCUCGGUUCCAUAAAACAACAGUCAUGAAUCUUAUUUUCAUGAUCAUGACGAUUGUACUAGCUAUCGUCAACGCCUCCAUCCUAUCCUGGAAAAACAAAAACAAGGAACGUACUCGCCAGGAGGUUCUGGCGCCUUAUGCCACGGAAAGUGAACCGGAUGGUGGUGUGCGCGCUUGGGUCGACCUUGGUGACCGCCAUCCCGAUUUCCGGUAUACACUCUAA